GCUGUGGGUGGUACAAAUACAGCACAUGGUUGCGUUUGGUAGGUGCUUGUAGCAAACGGAGCGGGCCUCAAACUAACUCUGCGCUUGUUUGAAGUCUCAGUUUACAAGUUAAAAGUUGUGCAACUUUUUUUACUUUGGUUUACUGUCAGUAGUGAAACCCCACUGGGACUUUUGAGGACUUUUAAAACCCACUAGUCCCUCACUCUCCGCCUGCAGCAGCAGCAGCAGCAGCCUCGCAGCAGAAAGCUAUAAGCAUGUCGACCACUAAUGAAGUGAAGAGCUGCCCAAUCCCCACCAGGACACUCACCCUCAAGGACUGGUCCCAGCUACCCGACUGUUACAGCCAGACACCCGGGGGGACACUCUUCUCCACCACGCCUGGAGGCACCCGCAUCAUCUAUGACAGAAAGUUUCUGAUGGAUUGUCGAAAUUCCCCUCUUGCCCGGACUCCCCCAUGCUGUCUGCCCCAGAUCCCCGGGGUAACAGUACCUGCUACACACCCUAUGGGGAAACUACAGGAUCUCAAAGAGGAGGAAGAGGAGGAAGAGAAGAACAUUGCAGAUGACAACCAGUUUGAGAUGGACAUCUGAGCUCCAGUAUUACCUCCUGUGGAGAGUUAUUAGUUAAAAACACCUCGGAGGUCAUUUAUGACUGUAAUGCAUUACAUAUAAAGCUUUUUUUCACCUUUUUUUUUUUUUUUAAAUAAAAGCUUUUGUGAGGAACCAAAAAAAGGAUGGAAAAGUUAGAAAACAGUAGGGUGUUUUUGACCCUAGGAAAAAAAGUGUGUUAAACAAAGAAAAUGGUAUUUAAUGGGCUGAUCGGUGGCUCACUCACUUCAGAGCUGCAGCAGGAUUGAAAAAAUCCAUUUUGAUUUCACUUUUUUUAAUCUUUUGUAAAUAACAUUGUACAAUUUAGCCUAUUUUUUAAGUUGGGGAAUAUAAGAUGAUUACAUUAAGACAUGUAGAGUUUUUCACUGCAGGCAUCAGUUGUUUUGUUGUAUUUCACCCCCAAAUACGGAUGGCUGACUUUCUUUGUGAUGGGCAAAUGAGUGUCUCCUGAUAUUGGGGGUCAGGGCCUACUGAAUAUCAGCUCCUACUGUUUUGUAUGGAGGGAGAGCUGAGAUGUGAAUAAUUUCAAAUAAAGGCUAUUCAGACUGCCA